AAACUAAGUGGGUGCAAUGGAGCGCUGUCAAGGUAAAGUGUUUUAAUUUAUCAUAUUAUAUCGGUGGGAGAGGAAGGUUUAUUGGUCCAUGGAUGAAAGCUAGAGGUUCAGCAUGGGCUAGGUGUGAUAGAUGGUACCGACGGCCCACCAAAGAGCCUGUUUGCUGGGCAGCAGAUAUCAAACAGCCUUGCGUCGCCAGGGGGUGGGCAGUUCUAUUUUAUUCACCGCCGUCAGCUUCUUUCCCUCCUCCCCCUCUCCACCCUCAUCGCCUCCAGCAUCCUCAUCCCUUGUUGCCCAUUCGUCCCCUCGCACUCGCCCCAAUACAGGAGAUGGCACAUCCUCGACCCUUCGCAAUGGCCACUGCCGAACCAGCGGACGUUCCGUUUGGCAACUUAGAGUCCAAUGGGGAACACACGAAACCGUCGGACCUGUCUCACCACUUUAAUCGUGUUACUCGUGAGCGAACUGCAAGCAUGAUCAAGGGCUUGUAUAAAUAUUUCCAGGUCCCGGGAAUGAUGAACUUAGCCGGUGGUAAGUGGCUCCCCGUUCACUAUUUGCGGGAGAAAGGAAGAAGGAAAAGAUAAAAAGCGGAGGUAUUGUUAUUCCGGUUUGCUGAUCGCAAUUGAUAAAGGUCUUCCAUGCCCCGGAUACUUUCCAUACGACACACUGGAAUCCGCUGUCUCGACUUCGGGCCGUUUUCCCCCGAACAUUGUAGAACAACUAAGCAAACCGGUUCCCGUACUCACCACCCCUCCACCUCUUCCUCCUAAAAAGCCAUCCUACUUGUUUUCCUUCUUCAAAUCGUCCCCAGCAUCACCGGCUGCUAUCCCAAAGCCGAGCAAAGCUUCAGGGACCCCCGGCACAAGUUCAUCGCAUCUGAUCGUUCCGAAAUUCAAGCCUGGAGGCCCUCUCGGAGCCAGCAUCGAUGUCGCUACAACACUACAAUAUGGCACGGCUUCCGGCUUCGCUCCAUUGGUUGAAUUUGUCAAAGACUUUUCUAUUAAUCAUUUGCAUGGCGGAAGGAUCCCAUAUGAGGAUCCGGGGAUACUUUUGACAUGUGGCAGCACCGACGGCCUUGGUAAGGUGAUGCAAAUGAUUGCUGAAAGGGGCGACAGUAUGCUUGUGGAGGAGCACACCUACCCGAACGCCGUCCAAACCGCUGACCCGUAUGGUGUAAGAAUGGCACCGGUUAAGAUGGAUGCAGGGGGGAUGCUAUCCGAAGGAAAAGGAGGCCUUAGGGAUGUACUCGAAAAUUGGAACCAUAGAAAAUUUGGUAGAAGGCCUCGCUUCUUGUACACUGUCACGUUGGUUUCUCCCUCCCCAGAACAAGAGGUGUCGUCAUGGCUAACCCUAACCCUUGUAUAGAAUCGGGCAAAAUCCGACCGGCACCACACUCUCCCACCAGCGCAGAAAGGAGAUAUACUGUUUGUGUGAGAGAUACGAUGUGAUCAUUAUCGAAGAUGAGCCGUACUGGUAUCUCCAAUUUACCGAAUCCUCGCACCCCAAAGGCGCCCAAACCCUGCCAACCAACUCUGCCAAGAAGCGAUAUCCUUUCCUCGAAGCCCUGACACCAUCCUUCGUGACCAUUGAUACCUCCGGGCGCGUCAUCCGUCUUGAUACGUUCUCAAAGACAAUCGCACCCGGUUGCCGUUUAGGGUGGAUCACGGCACAACCGGCCUUCAUCGAGCGCCUGACCAGAAUCACCGAGAGUUCCACGCAAUGCCCUUCUGGAUUUGGCCAAGCCAUGGUUGUCCAGUUGUUGCGAAAUAUUUGGGGCAUGGACGGCUGGGUUAGUUGGCUAGAGGGACUUCGUGCCGCAUAUGAGGUCCGCAUGAGAAGGAUGUGCCGUGUCUUGGAUGCAUACAAGGAGAGCACCGUUGUCCUCGAGAGCAAGGACGAAGAUUCCGUGAUCGUUGACAAAGUCGGAAUGUAUUCCUUUGACGAGCCCAUGGGCGGGAUGUUUGUAUGGGUUCAUAUCCACAUUACUUCCCACCCGGCGUACUCUGCGUAUCUCGCCCGCGGUCACACUAAGCGGGCAAUGAUGACCCAACUGUGGAAGUAUGGUGCUGAGCAACACAUUUGUCUCCCGUGUCCCGGUUGGAUCUUUGGCUCGAAUAAAGGUAUCCAGGAGGACAGCAGUGCUGAGUUUUUCCGGCUCUGUUUCGCGGCGCUCGAAGCCGAGAAGAUCGAGGAAGCGACUAAGCGAUUCGGAAAAGGAAUUCGUGAGUUCUGGGGAUUUAGUGUUGACGAAAUCGAGAACUGUUGUUCGUCGGAUACCGUCCUGGAGGAUCAGGAAAAGGAGGCCGUAUGGGGAUUGGGAUAUGGCGGGUUCGGGUGCUGAUGUCAUUUCCCUUUUCAAUUACCAGCACGGUAGCCUUUCCUUCAUUCGUCCUAGGGCGCAAUUUUUAAUACAGUGGCGAAACGGUGGUGGCAUACAUGGUGGGGAAAGGCCACGGGAUCGGGGCCAGCAUUGGGAAGAUGGAAACGGAAUGGAAUACGGGAUAGGAGGAAAUCCAAGGGGUAUAUAAAUCAUCUCACUUAGCAUUUGCAUUGUAAAGCAUACGGGUAUCGGUAAAUUAAGCUUCUGCCUGGUCACAAAUACAAUCCCUGGUACCUUUACCGGUAUCACAAAUGAUGAUAAGUCCGGGGCGUUAAACGUCAGACCGUUUCCGCUCCCCGUUCGGUGAGACAUACCUGGGUUUGGGCCCUGUUGAUUCGCUGGCGCAAGGGGGUUUGUGGGUGCAAUGAUGGGGCCGUUCCUAGGAAGCAACGGGGGGACAUGAUUUCCCAGAGGUUUGACUAGGCGGAUGUUGUGACAACAAGGCCUCGCGGGCGUUGAUUGAGUGGCGCGGCGGGGUACUUGUACCGUACUGUCAAGCCUACGUUGUUGUUCAUCUUAGAUUAUGAAGAAAUUCAUACUUGUCAUGUGUGGACGGUUUCAUCCUCCACGCAUACCAAUUGCUGUAGAUGAUUGAAUUCUUUUCUUUACGCAAGCUGUAUUAUAAAAGGAGGUCGAUGGGACCCUUUGGCCAAAGAGGAGAGAGAGAGAACAUAGGAUGGAUCAUGGGCAGAACCAAGAAUGA